UUAAGAGGGAUUGCAAGGGAGGGGACAGAAGGUAGAGGUGGGACCAAGCUCUAAGACGUCAUUCUGGACUUGAUAAAACAGGUGAUCCUGGAGUUGGAGAGGCAGAGACAAAGAGCGAGAGAGAGCGAGGGAGGGCGAGCAUCUUCCUCUAGCCCAGAAACUGCCUUCCUUGGAUUGCAAUCCGAAGUUCCAGCAACCUCUGCUGUCCCCUCAGCCUUGGGGCUGAGCCAAGGUCAUCCAGCAGGAUGAGAACCUCCAUGUGUUGGCAGCUGCUCCUGUUCCUCUCUGUAUUCCCAUUUGGAGAGACUUUAGACAAGUUUGCUCCUGUUGAAAACCCCAGCCUCAGAGGACAGCGGGGCCGACUCCUGGCCCACCUGAUUCCCUGGGAACGGAGGCCUCGGUGCUCUGAGAAACCAGAACGGACAGGCCAGACACAGAGACUGGCGCUACUCUGUCCCUCUGAUGAGACCCCCGACCCCCUAUGGCCGGGUCUGUGCUCCACCCGAAGCCGACUGAUUGCCGCACCGCAAGGAGCAUUGCUGGUGGAGAGGGAGAAGGACCUGUCAGCCUACAACUGGAACUCCUUCGGCCUGCGUUAUGGGAAGCGACAGACAAGGAUGGGAAAGGCUCGGGCAAAUGCCUGAUAGAGAGUGUGUGUGUCCUGGAAUUUAAAAUUAAUUUCAACUAGGAACAAAGGUUUCAAG